AAAAGGCAUUUUGGUUUAUAUUUUGUUUAUUUGAUAUUCAAAUGUCCAACGAUCCUCUCUAGCUAAGCUUAGCUAUAAUUCAAUGUUUGAACACGAAUCCCAUUAUUUUAACACAAACAACAUUAAUUAAAUAUCGUCUCAAGGAACUUCACUUCCUUGUCCAUAAAUACGUUAUUUCACACCACAUAUACUCAUCUAUAUCUCUAUUUUUCUUCUUCUUCUCUCUCUCGCCGGAAAAAGUAAAUCAAAAUGAUCACCGGCAAAGACAUGUACGAUGUUUUAGCGGCUAUGGUGCCGCUAUACGUUGCUAUGAUAUUAGCCUAUGGUUCGGUACGGUGGUGGGGGAUAUUCACACCGGACCAAUGUUCCGGUAUAAACCGGUUCGUUGCGGUUUUCGCGGUUCCUCUUCUCUCUUUCCAUUUCAUCUCCUCCAAUGAUCCUUAUGCAAUGAAUUACCACUUCCUCGCUGCUGAUUCUCUUCAGAAAGUCGUUAUCCUCGCCGCACUCUUUCUUUGGCAGGCGUUUAGCCGCAGAGGAAGCCUAGAAUGGAUGAUAACGCUCUUUUCACUAUCAACACUGCCUAACACGUUGGUAAUGGGAAUCCCAUUGCUUAGGGCGAUGUACGGAGACUUCUCCGGUAACCUAAUGGUGCAGAUCGUGGUGCUUCAGAGCAUCAUAUGGUAUACAUUAAUGCUCUUCUUGUUUGAGUUCCGUGGGGCUAAGCUUCUCAUCUCCGAGCAGUUCCCGGAGACGGCUGGUUCAAUUACUUCCUUCAGAGUUGACUCUGAUGUUAUCUCUCUUAAUGGCCGUGAACCCCUCCAGACCGAUGCGGAGAUAGGAGACGACGGAAAGCUACACGUGGUGGUUCGAAGAUCAAGUGCCGCCUCAUCAAUGAUCUCUUCAUUCAACAAAUCUCACGGCGGAGGACUUAACUCCUCCAUGAUAACGCCGCGAGCUUCAAAUCUCACCGGCGUAGAGAUUUACUCCGUUCAAUCGUCACGAGAGCCGACGCCGAGAGCUUCUAGCUUUAAUCAGACAGAUUUCUACGCAAUGUUUAACGCAAGCAAAGCUCCAAGCCCUCGUCACGGUUACACUAAUAGCUACGGCGGCGCUGGAGCUGGUCCAGGUGGAGAUGUUUACUCACUUCAGUCUUCUAAAGGCGUGACGCCGAGAACGUCAAAUUUUGAUGAGGAAGUUAUGAAGACGGCGAAGAAAGCAGGAAGAGGAGGCAGAAGUAUGAGUGGGGAAUUAUACAACAAUAAUAGUGUUCCGUCGUACCCACCGCCGAACCCAAUGUUCACGGGGUCAACGAGUGGAGCAAGUGGAGUCAAGAAAAAGGAAAGUGGUGGCGGAGGAAGCGGUGGCGGAGUAGGAGUAGGAGGACAAAACAAGGAGAUGAACAUGUUCGUGUGGAGUUCGAGUGCUUCUCCGGUGUCGGAAGCCAACGCGAAGAAUGCUAUGACCAGAGGUUCUUCCACCGAUGUAUCCACCGACCCUAAAGUUUCUAUUCCUCCUCACGACAACCUCGCUACUAAAGCGAUGCAGAAUCUGAUAGAGAACAUGUCACCGGGAAGAAAAGGGCAUGUGGAAAUGGACCAAGACGGUAAUAACGGGGGAAAGUCACCUUACAUGGGCAAAAAAGGUAGCGACGUGGAAGACGGCGGUCCCGGUCCUAGGAAACAGCAGAUGCCGCCGGCGAGUGUGAUGACGAGACUAAUUCUGAUAAUGGUUUGGAGAAAACUCAUUCGAAACCCUAACACUUACUCUAGUCUCUUUGGCCUUGCUUGGUCCCUUGUCUCUUUCAAGUGGAAUAUAAAGAUGCCAACGAUAAUGAGUGGAUCGAUUUCGAUAUUAUCUGAUGCUGGUCUUGGAAUGGCUAUGUUUAGUCUUGGUCUAUUUAUGGCAUUGCAACCAAAGAUUAUUGCGUGCGGAAAAUCAGUAGCAGGGUUUGCGAUGGCCGUAAGGUUCUUGACUGGACCAGCCGUGAUCGCAGCCACCUCAAUAGCAAUUGGUAUUCGAGGUGAUCUCCUCCAUAUCGCCAUCGUUCAGGCUGCUCUUCCUCAAGGAAUCGUUCCUUUUGUUUUCGCCAAAGAAUAUAACGUCCAUCCUGAUAUUCUCAGCACUGCGGUUAUAUUCGGAAUGCUGGUUGCUUUGCCUGUAACAGUACUCUACUACGUUCUUUUGGGGCUUUAAGUUAUUAUCAAAACGUAUUUGCAAAUAAAAGGCGAUACGACCCAAAGGUGAUUUUUUUUCAAACGAAAAAGAAUAAUUACAAGAACGAAAAAAGACUAAUUCCAGGUCAGGCUUAGGUGUAUGGGACCAUGCAAUGUCGCAUUAAUUAAAUUAUAGCAUAUGAUAGUCGAAAAUUUAGAUAACUUUGUAUAAUUAAUUAUAUGCACAUGCAUGUACGUGACUUUGUAGUUUUUGUUACAUUUAUUAAAUUUUUGGGAUGUGCAAGUACAAUUAUUUACUAUUGAUUAGUUUUUUCUAUUUAUCGAUGGUCGUGAAGCAUGUUAUUAAAUUACACUAAUAUUUCAUCAUAUACUAGUCAAGUAUUACUAGAUCGCGCAGUCUGUUUAGAUUAGAUCUUGUGCUUUUCUAAAUCUCCAUACAAUUCUUUAUUUUGUUUUGGAUCAAAUGCACUAAUACUUCCACAUAUAACCUUUUUAUUUCAUUUCUUUUGUCUUAUAUAUUUAUGUUUUUGUUUGUAUGUAAAGUUAAUUAUGAACGUUAUUUUUUUUGUUAAAAAAUUAUGAACGUAAUAUUCGGUUGAAGCUUGAAGGUAGUCGCAUUUUAAUUCGAUGAGUAAAGAACAAUCAAACUUAUAAUAGAAUUUAAUUUUCCUUUAUUUUAGUAUAUACUUAUCUGUCACCAAUAAGAUAUCACUCGGACUAUUUUUGGAGUGAUACAAAGAAUUUGCGUGGAGAAAGAAACAUUUCAAAUGAAAGCACUAGUCUAGACAAUU